GCCAUUUUCUUCCUUCUCCUACAGAUUCCCCAGGUGUUCCUCCAAGUGCCAAUGCUCAUCAUCUUUUCAGAGGGUUCAGCUUUGUUGCCUCUAACUUGGUGCAGGAGCCUGCACAGCAAGAUGUGCACAAAAUCACUGUUCACCCAAUUGUGCAGCAGUUACAUGGGAACAACAUCCACUUUACAGAUGGAUACGAGAUCAAGGAGGACAUAGGAAUUGGCUCCUAUUCAGUGUGCAAGAGAUGUGUUCAUAAAGCUACAGAAACAGAGUUUGCAGUGAAGAUAAUUGAUAAGAGCAAGAGAGACCCCUCUGAAGAAAUUGAGAUCCUCUUGCGAUACGGACAGCACCCAAACAUCAUUACUCUUAAAGAUGUCUAUGAUGAUGGGAAAUUCGUGUACCUGGUGAUGGAGCUGAUGCGGGGAGGUGAGCUCCUGGACCGCAUUCUGCGGCAGAAGUGUUUCUCAGAGCGGGAGGCCAGUGCUGUGCUGUGCACCAUCACCAGGACUGUGGAUUACCUGCACUCUCAGGGCGUGGUGCACCGAGAUCUCAAGCCAAGUAAUAUUCUCUAUAUGGAUGAGUCAGGAAACCCAGACUCUAUCAGGAUCUGUGACUUUGGGUUUGCCAAGCAACUGAGAGCGGAGAACGGGCUGCUCAUGACUCCCUGCUACACGGCCAACUUUGUUGCCCCUGAGGUCCUUAAACGCCAAGGUUACGAUGCAGCCUGUGACAUUUGGAGCUUGGGGAUCCUACUGUAUACCAUGUUGGCAGGAUUCACUCCUUUUGCAAAUGGACCAGAUGACACUCCAGAGGAGAUUUUGGCCAGGAUUGGCAGUGGCAAAUAUGCUCUUACAGGAGGAAACUGGGAUUCAGUAUCUGAUACUGCAAAGGACAUUGUGUCUAAGAUGCUUCAUGUAGACCCUCAUCAGCGCCUCACGGCAGUCCAAGUCCUAAGGCAUCCAUGGAUAGUGAACAGGGAGUAUCUGUCUCAAAACCAACUCAGCAGACAGGAUGUUCACCUGGUGAAGGGUGCAAUGGCAGCCACUUACUUUGCUUUAAACCGAGCCCCUCAGGCACCGAGGCUGGAGCCUGUAUUGUCCUCCAAUCUGGCUCAGCGGCGAGGCAUGAAAAGACUUACCUCUACCAGGUUGUAGCAGUAACCCCAAAAGGCCUCUUUGAAAAUCCACAGCUUAUUAUUUGAAAAAUUCAUCUUUACUUGGCUAGCAGAACCUUUUUGGACUACCUGCACAUGAAAUCACCAGAACUAGCAGAAGCCCAUGUAAGGCAAAGUUCUCCUUUGCUACAUCAUUUCUUUUACAUUCCAGCCAGGGUCCCGAGUUUAACAACUUCACAAAGAUGUGCCAAUUUUGCCAGUAGCUCUGUUUCUUUACUGAGAUAAAGCCAAAUAAAGUAGGUAUGCUUCAUCCUUUCC